CAAGACCUUAGUUAUUAACACAAUACCUUUUUUCAAUUGAAUACUAAAGGACGUAAACUCAAAUACGGUAUAGGUCCUAGGAAUUAACAUAGUACUCCGUAAUCCAUACAUAGUUUUUUUUAUUUUAUUUUAUUUUUUUCUUUUUUAUUACUCCGUAAUCCAUACAUAGAAGGGUCUAGUGGUCUACCGAGCUGGAACCAUCACAAGUCAACCCAACUCAGAUUAGCACAUAAUUAUUAUUUUGUUGGUUGUCAGCGCUGUGGUGACUGUUUAUGAUCUUCAACAGUCCACACUCGCCACUAUGUUUGCGGGUGAACUCAAAUUUCUCUAUAAGGUCAAUGAUAACUCCAUUUUUCUAUAAACCAACACCUAAUAAGUACCAAGUAUAUCUAGUCAAUAAUCCAUUUUGUAAAAUGUCUACGCAUUCGUUAAUCCACCGCCAGAUUCUCGCCGGAUUCCACGGCGGUCGUAGGCGGCGAAUUUCCCGACGGCCUGGUUUAGUUGAAGGAGAAAUUACGAUAACUUGAAUUCCGAGGUAAUCUUUAGUCCUGUAAAUCAUUAUUCUGAAUUUAUCAAUUUUUUUGUUUGAUUCUGUAUUUUAGGAAUUAGAUAAGUUGGAUGAUUUGAUUUUGUAAAAAUUUAUUUAUGAAUUGGAAAAAAAAAAUGAUAAUCUUUGGAAUAUUUGUGGUUACAAGAAUUAGGAAUUUGAUUAUACCUGCGUCACGAAGAGCAAAAUGUACAUUAGGCGAUUAGGGGAGUAAGCGCCUCUUCUAAUUGAACUUAUUGGAGCUAAACUGAAUUAUAUAUUUUAUAAGAGAAGGAAAUUAAGAUAAGAACUGAAUUGAACUAAUCUGAACUUAUUAGAGCUGAAGUGAACUGUAAAUAAGCGGAAGAGAACAGGCCUUAAGAAGAAGAACAUAAAAAAAAAAAAAAAAAAAAAAAAAAAAAAAAAAGCUCAUACUGAAAUUAGUUGGUUUAGAAUAAGAUUGUACGGAAUAUUGAUUCCGUCUUUCGCUAUGGAAUUCUUACUCACAUGUGUACCUAACACUACAAGAACCUACAUCAUGUAGUAUGUGUACCCGAGUCUCAUUUGAAUAGGCAAAGAGUGAUCAAAUGAGCUAAAAAAUAAGUCGAACACAUACUACAUCGUGUAGUAUGUGUACCCGAGUCUCAUUUGAAUAGGCAAAGAGUGAUCAAAUGAGCUAAAAAAUAAGUCGAACACAUACUACAUCGUGUAGUAUGUGUACCCGAGUCUCAUUUGAAUAGGCAAAGAGUGAUCAAAUGAGCUAAAAAAUAAGUCGAACACAUACUACAUCGUGUAGUAUGUGUACCCGAGUCUCAUUUGAAUAGGCAAAGAGUGAUCAAAUGAGCUAAAAAAUAAGUCGAACACAUACUACAUCGUGUAGUAUGUGUUCGGGUCAUUUUAAAAAUGUACUUUGAUGAUCAUAUUGCUAGAAGUCAAUGUAAUUUGAAUAAUUGGGAGUUCCUUGUUGUAACAAGAAUCUACUAACUCAUAAAGACUCAUAAUUAGGUUGUAUUUUUAUCAUGAAUAUUGAAUACUCCGUGUUACAACAAAGUUCAAAAGCUUUUCAGUUUUUGAAAUUUGAUUAUUUUGCAGUUGUACAAUAAAUAUAGAUUUGUGUUCAGGUUAUUUAUAUGUUCACAUUCUUUUACUUGUAUUAGACCUCAUGUAUGGACUGAAAGUUCAGUCUGUUUCUCAUUAGUUAGUAUGCUUUUGUAACAAAAAGAUGAUCAUUUGAUUCGGUUUGGGACAAUUGCUAGUUAAUAUGAUCGUCAAUUGAACUUUGAGAAUUGAACCUUGCCUCUUAUCUCCAGUGGUAAACUAGCUUUCAACCUGUCAUUGCUUCUUUGUUACAUAUUUCAUUUUCACUAUAGGAAAAUGGCAGGACGAGAUGGCACUGGUGUGGAUGUUAUUUUGCCUAAUUAUAUACUUGGUAAAUCUACUAGCUUUAUGUCAUCUGGCAAGAUGAGAAUUGCAGAGCAUAAAUUGCCUGGGCAUACAGUUACCAUCAAGCAAUUGAACUGGCAGAAGAUAAAGAAUAUGGAAAUGGAAGAGAAAGGUAGCGCCUAUUUCUUACUGUUUGUUCUCUCUGAACUUUCCUAUUAACAAGGUCUUUUCGGCUGAUAUGUGUAUUCUUUCUCCCAAGCAUGUUUAAGUGUUUGAUUUGUUUCUUUAUUGUCUAUAUUUGAAUUGAAACUUUUUUCCUUUACAAGUUAUUGCUGAAAUUAUGACAUUUUUAAGGUUUCAAAAGCAAUUUAACACCAGGUAAAGUGCUAGCUAUUAUCUGGUUGUGAAGUCGCUAAACUUUGUUCCUCUUGCUAUUUCAUUCUUCGGCUAAUUUUAUUUCACUACGUAUCUUAGUAAAAUUAUUAUUUGUUCUUAUGAUGAUUUGCCUGAAUCCUAAGGAAGUAAGGAUAAGUCAGUAAUGGUGUUUUGAGCUCUGCCUGAUGUGAUUCUUAAUCAUUGUGAAACAUACAUAUUUUUCAUAGGUAUGACCCUACAAAGAUUUUGUUGCUCUAAUUAGUUGCAGUCGAAAGCCCAUCCUCAUGAGAUUAUGACUGAAGCUCUGAAAGCACUGCAAAAGCUUAAUGUCUGCUGGAAAAAAAUUGGGCAUUAUAGCAUGAAGUGCAAACGGAUUCCUGGCAUUCUUGGUCAUCAUGAAGUGAUUGUUGAUAACCCAGUACAUAGUUCUGACGAAGAGUCAAGCAUAGCUGAAAAUGAUGCUGUGUUAAGGUCUCCCAAUGUCGUGAAGUUUGAGUUGCAGCUGUACAAGGCCCCCGAGGAGAAGUAUCUACUUGAUCAACGAUGGGUUCAGGGGCCGUGGAUUCUAUUCCUUGAUCUUUGCACAGCUUUCCUUGCUCAAUUCCGAGUGCUUUAGCUACCAAUAACCAGCUAUAUCAAAUGUUCAUAGCAUUAAUGUAGUUUGUUGAUAUGAUAUAUGGUUUUGAAUGUGCAUUAUAUUUCUUGAUAGGGUGAGUUUGUUCCUGAUCUACGUACUUACCGAGUGGUGGUGUUUAAUAAAGAUAUUCGGCAAAUAUUGUAGUCUCUCACAUCUCAUGGCCUGGCUAAGUCUGAACGUACAAAGACGCCAUCACUUGUGAUGCAAUGUGGAAAGGAAAAACUGGUUGGAGUUUUACUAUAUUACCUCUAUUACAUAUUAUGUGCAACUUUUAAAUAUUUUAUAUCACAUAAAUAAUAUUCAAAAGUUGCACAUAAUAUGUAAUGAAGGUAGUAAUUAAAACCGCGACAUUUCAAAUUUUCAAGUACAGUAAGAUCAAAUAAGAACAGGGAAAGUGGUGGACCUAGUGCUUAGUGUUUCUAUCAGUGAGAUUUUGACAUUACUAGUUAGAGUUUUUGGGCCAAAAUACGGUCCAGAAUCAUCAAACUCUUUUGCAAGUGGUCCAAUAACGAGUCCUCUGUUUUCUUCUGUUUAAUAAACUUUUUAGUAAUGUUAACCAAAAUUUUACAUAGUAGACAGUGCUGUACAACUACAACACUGACGUGACCAUAAGAAAAAUAAAAAAUAAAAAAAAUAAAUGUAACUUGUGUGCAUGAUAACAAUUACUCCCUUCGUUUCUUUAUUAUUGUCAUAUUUUAUAUUUUACAAACAAAUAAAACGAGAACUUACAAUAAUGUUUUUUAUUAUGAAAAAAUCAAUUAGACUCCAUUGGCUUCAAAUUUAAUUAUUAAAAAUGUAAAAGUAUAAAUAAAUAGGAAAACAUAACAAGAAACGAAAGAAAAAGUGUGCUUGUUUGAUAUCUCGUUAUUAAAAGUAUUUUUUUAAAAAAAAAAAAAAGUCAUGAAAAUGGAUUUUGAAAAAUCAUGUUAUAAUUUCUAAUACUUAGGGCCUGUUAACAUUUACUGAACUGAACUGAUUGGAGUUGAACUGAAC